GUACGACGAGAGAUACCCUCACUCUUCACCUUCUUGUUGUUUGUAUAUUUCUUGCCUGCUAUAUCUACUGUAGCCUUCAAGUACUACAGUCACCAUGUCUCGAAAACCUACCGACGUAGCGUCAAAAGAGCGCAACGAGUACAUCCCAUCCUUCAUCGCCAAAAAACCAUUCUAUAUCGACGACGAAUCCACCGACGCUGAUUAUCUAGAGCAUCAGCGCCUACAAAAACAAGCCGCAGACUCGAAAUGGUACGAACGAGGAAAGCGCGCUGGACCGGCCGCCACCAAGUAUCGAAAAGGCGCAUGUGAAAACUGUGGCGCGAUGACACAUAAAACCAAAGAAUGCCUCAGCCGGCCUCGGAAACUCGGUGCGAAAUGGACUGGAAAGGAUAUUCAGGCAGAUGAGGUUGUCCAGGAUGUUGAUCUCGGCUGGGACGCUAAGCGAGAUCGCUGGAAUGGUUACGAUGCGAGCGAAUAUCGAAAUGUGGUGGAGGAAUACGAAGAACUUGAGAACCUGAAGAAGAGUGCAAAGAAGGCCACUGGCGGCGAUGAUGAGGAUGAUGAGGAGGCAGACCAAGAAGAAGCGCGAUAUGCUGAAGAGUCGGAUAUGGGUCGGAAACAGAGUACGGCGACGAGGAACCUUCGUAUCCGUGAAGACACGGCGAAAUACCUUUUGAACUUGGACCUUGACUCAGCAAAAUACGACCCGAAAACACGUUCGAUGAUUGGUUUAGGCGCUCAGGCAGAUCAGACCUCAGCUCUGGUCGCCGAGGAGAAUUUCAUACGCGCUUCCGGGGACGCUGCAGAAUUCGAGAGAGCUCAAAAAUAUGCAUGGGAAUCACAGGAAAGAGGCGACAAACAAAUUCAUCUUCAGGCCAACCCUACUUCCGGUGAGAUUCUCCGGAAAAGGGAACAAGCCGAGAUGGAAGCAAAACGGGAAGCGCAACGAAAAGCACUACUAGAAAAGUACGGUGGCGAAGAGCACAUGAAACCAGCACCCUUGCGUGAAGCUGCAGUCAUCGAGAACGAGCGAUUUGUCGAGUACGAUGAGACCGGCGCAAUCAAAGGGACGCCCAAGAAAGCAGUCAAGUCGAAAUAUCCCGAAGAUAUACUUAUCAAUAACCACAAAUCAGUAUGGGGCAGUUGGUGGUAUAACUUCCAAUGGGGCUACGCAUGUUGUCACUCUACGGUUAAAAACAGUUACUGCACAGGCGAGGACGGCAAGAAGGCAUUUGAGAAUGCUCGAAAGUUUGCUAUUCUCGAUACAUUGAAACAGGAUAACGAAGAGGAGAAACGUGAAGACGAACCUUCCAAACAGGAGGAAGAAACUAGACGUGUGGAUAUUGACAAAAAGAAGCGCGAUCUUCACGCGCUACAGCAGGGAGUUGACGAAGAGGAGCUCGAGUCGUAUAAGCGAAGUCGUUUGGCAGCAGCAGAUCCUAUGGCUGCAUUCUUAGGGAAGGACGAGUUGAUACAGUAGUUUCUGACUUUAACAGACUGUCGGAAUAUUAGGAUGGAUUUCGAGGCAUAUAUAACAGCAUUAGGCGGCGUUUUGACAUAUACCCGAACAGUGAAUUUGAUUAUUAUCAUUCUACCUAAUUUAGUACUUGUAUAUAAGUCGCUAUCACAGUCACAAGUGUCAUGGGAUGAAGGCCUUAUGAGGAAAGCAGUCUAGGAUGGCAGAAUUGCGAGAUCGUAUCAACUUGUCUGUAGCUUAGACCUUCCCUUCUUUUCCUCUUUCUUCCCAAGCUUAGGAUUUUCACUAGUUAGGACCUAAUAACAUUCAGCUCGAAGUCUUUUAG